UAAUGUGCGCGUCCGUGUUUCCGCCGGCGCUGUUUUUCCGGCAGCGCGUGACUGCGCCAGUCAAACAUGUCGAGUUCCUACAGAAACAGGAUCCAGGAGUUUAAGCUGGCUCUGAGUGAGCAGCAGGUGGACCUGAAGGCUCUGCGUGAGCUCUGCUUCAGUGGCAUCCCCUGUGAAGGAGGCAUUCGCUCUCUGUGCUGGAAGAUUCUGCUGAAUUACCUGCCGCCAGACCAGGCCUUAUGGGAGACAUUCCUGGAGAAGCAGAGGGAUGUGUACACACAGUUUUUGAGAGAGAUGAUCAUUCAGCCGGGAAUCGCCAAAGCAAACCUGGGUGUUUCUCGAGAGGACGUGACCCUGGAGGACCAUCCUCUGAACCCUAACCCGGACAGUCGCUGGAACACGUACUUUAAAGACAACGAGGUUCUGCUACAGAUCGACAAAGACGUCAGGCGCUUGUAUCCUGAUAUGGCCUUCUUCCAGCGGCCGACUGACUUCCCCUGCCAGCUGAUCCUGGACCCACAGAAUGAGUACGAGACGCUGCGGAGACGCGUGGAGCAGACCACCCUGAAGGCCCAGACGGUCAACCGCAACCGCAGCGGCGUCACCAACGUCAGUUCUCCAGGGAAAGCGCUCCACCUGUAUCCCUCUAAUGAGUAUGCGGUUCUCCCGAACGGCUGUGAGGCACACUGGGAGGUGGUGGAGCGCAUCCUCUUCAUCUACGCCAAACUCAACCCCGGCAUCGCCUACGUGCAGGGCAUGAACGAGAUCGUGGGACCCAUUUACUACACCUUCGCCACCGACCCCAACAGCCAGUGGAAGGAGCACGCUGAAGCCGACACCUUCUUCUGCUUCACGAACCUGAUGUCAGAGAACAGAGAUAACUUCAUCAAGAGCCUGGACGACUCUCAGUGCGGCAUCACCUUCAAGAUGGAGAGUGUCUUCUCCAGACUCAAGCAGAAGGACACCGAGCUCUACAUCAGACUGCAAGAGCAGAACAUCAAGCCUCAGUACUUCACCUUCCGCUGGCUGACGCUGCUGCUCUCUCAGGAGUUUCUGCUUCCAGAUGUGAUCCGGAUCUGGGAUUCACUGUUUUCACAUCAGGACCGCUUCGAGUUCCUCAUCCCAGUGUGCUGCGCAAUGCUGACACUGAUCCGAGAUCAGCUGCUGGCGGGAGACUUCACUACAAACAUGAGACUACUACAGACGGUGAUGCAGGGCACGAUCCCUUACCUGGGCACUUUCCUGACAGAUCUGGUCAUGAUGGACACGGCCAUGAAGGACUAUCUGGACGGAGGCCUGAUCAACUUCGAGAAGAGGAGGAAGGAGUUCGAGGUCAUCGCUCAGAUUAAGCUGCUGCAGCUGGCCUGUAAUAACUACAACUUCCAGCGCGUGUCUGGAUUCAGCGCCUGGCUCUCCAGUGUGGAGAAACUGUCUGAGGCAGAGAGUUACAGUCAGUCGUGUGAGAUCGAGCCGCUCUCUGAAUCGGCCUCUAACACACUGCGGGCCAAGAAGAGCUCAGGAAUCAUGAAGCGGUGGAGCGAUCGUCAGCCGGUGUGUGUGGGCGAGGCGGGCUGCAGCUCUUCCUCCGGCAGUUCUCACUCCAAGUCUUUCGAUCAGCUGCGUUUCCCGGUGUGUGUGAGCGGCGGCUCGGUGUGUGACGGCGGAGACUCAGUGAGUGUGACGUCUGCGGGCUCCAGCAGCUCUGAUGUGGAGGAGGUGAACAUCAGCUACACCUCUGAGUCUCCAGACGCACCUGAGAGGAAGACCUCCACGCCCUUCGUAAAACAUUCCAAUUCUACCUUAGGGAAGUGCGGCCCUUCAGGAGACCUGAUACCCACGUUCUGGGAGUCCACGUCUCUGUCGUCUCUGGACACCUCGGCUCUGGGCUCGGGUUCGGGCUCCAGCAGCGCCUCCUCAUCCUCGGUUUCCUCCACACCGGUCAGUGUGUCACGCUCACACAAGCGCUCGGCGUCCGGCGUGUCCAGCUACUCGUCUCUGUCGCUGCCCCUCUACAACCAGCAGGUGGACGACUGCUGCAUCAUCAGGGUCAGCCUGGACGUGGACAACGGCAACAUGUACAAGAGCAUCCUGGUCACCAGUCAGGAUAAAACUCCUGCUGUAGUGAGGAAAGCCAUGGUCAAACACAACCUGGACCGCGAGCGAGCCGAGGAUUAUGAGCUGGUGCAGAAAAUCAGUGAGGAGAAGGAGCUGAAGAUUCCAGACAACGCUAAUGUUUUUUACGCCAUGAACUCUACAGCCAACUAUGAUUUCGUGUUGAAGAAGCGAGGUUUCCCCAGAUCGGGCCGCACCAAACACGUGGCCAGCUCCACUCUGCCUCGCAUGAAGCAGAAAGGCCUGAAGAUCGCCAAGGGAAUCUUCUGAGCUGGGCAGAACUCUUCUGGAGGCGUCCGGCAGCCCAUCUGUGUGUUUACAGUCAUCUGUACUGUCAGAGAACGCUCCGUGAGGACUGAAGCGCAUCGGAUGGAGCGCACACGCUGCGUGAACUACAGUACCCACAAUGCCACAGGGCUGAUCACAUGACAGGAAGCGGCGCUCAUCUGAAUGUGUCCGGCGUUGUGUUUCCGUGCUUCACGCCGGUGCUCAGGCCACUCUUGUCUCAAGCUUUACUUUCUCACAUGACUGUGAAAAUCGUCGUUUAUCAACAAAGUCACUUUUUGGCCUCUAAGAAUGGAGGCUUGAGUUUGUACAUUUGCGCAGUGUGUAGUGAACAAGAUGAACACGUGUCUGACAUGAUGAGUGCUUUUAUUAUAAAGGUGAAAUGAAUGUCUCCAUUUUGCCGACGCUCUUGUAAGCUGGGUUUCCAUCAGUCUGUGUUAAUGCACAUUUUAAAGUAUCGCAAGAGAAACGAGUGACGCAAAUGCUUUUUAUGCUCACUUGAGCACUUGACGUAAUGAACAUUACACCCUCAUGACUCCAUCAUGCUUGCCUUGUUUACUUUUGGUUGCUAGGUUACCAAUACCACAGUGAGCCGCUCUAUCAAUAGCUGUGUUUCCAUCCAAAGAUGCACAAAAGUGUAAUAUGGUAUUAAACAUGAGUGAAUAACUCAGUGCUUCCAUCAGUGGAAGAGAACUAAAUUGUGCUAAACUGUCAUCUAGUACUGCUGAGGGAAGUGGAGUUUGCAGCACUGUUGGGAUUCGCCACUGUGGUGUUUGUUCUCCUCUAAUAAAUGAGCUGCGCAGUGAAUGUGGUGGCUAUUAGAGGCGUGAGACUGGAGCACAGUCAGAUGCACAAGACAGUUCUGGAGGGAAUAAUAAUAGAAGAAGAAGAAUACUGAAGCACUGUGAUGACAGACUGACGGAGCGCUGAGGCCUUUUACAAUCAGCACCAUAACAUUUCACAUCUGCAACAAUGGAGACCUGCAAACCAGCAUUAAUGUGUUUAUGCACACUGGGUAAAGUUUAUCCUGCUCCAGUUAUGUUGUGCGCAUCUUGACAUUUCUGUUCAGCAUUUUGUUUUUAAUUGAGAUACGCCAAAAAUGUGCAUACAAAAAGAUGGAUGGAAUCACAGCUAAUGAUGGAGGCUAAUUCACAUUUACACUUUUUGGCCAACUUUGAAAAGAUUCGCUUCAGCUUACAAUGGAAACCCAGCGAUAGAGAGCUCCAAUCACAAAUCAUUCUCAUGAAGCUCCAGUAUCUCCGCAUUCGCCUGACUGGCUGGAAAAAGACGACUUCGCCUGGUGCGUGCAGUAAGGUCUGUCAGUGGACUGCAAGAGAGGGGUGUUACAUAAGGGGCCGUAACUUGUAGUAUGCUAGAGGUGUAGUUUGAAGUUAUGGAGAUGUUUUCGGCAAGAUGGUGCUGUGUAUCAGUUAUUAAUGUCUACACCUACUCUACACCUAAACCCAACCAUCACAGUUAAUAACAUCUACACCUUCCCCAACCCAAAACCCAACCAUCACAGUUAAUAACAUCUACACCUUCUGCAACCCAAAACCCAACCAUCAUAGUUAUUAACGUCUACACCUCCCCCAACCCAAAAGCCAUCAUAGUUAAUAACAUCUACACCUAACACAACCCUAAACCAAAUCAUCACAGUUAAUAACAUCUACACCUUCCCUAACCCAAAACUCAACCAUCAUUGUUAUUAAUGUCUACACCUACCACAACCCUAAACCCAAACAUCAGUUAAUAAAAUCUACACUUUCCCCAACCCAAAACCCAACCAUCACAUUUUAUAACAUCUACACUUUCUCCAACCCUAAACCCAACCAUCAGUUAUUUACAUCUACACUUUCCCCAACCAAAACACAACCAACACAGUUAAUUACAUCUACACUUUCCCAACCAAAACCCAACCAUCACAGUUAAUAACAUCUACACCUUCCCCAACCCAAAACCCAACCAUCACAGUUAAUAACAUCUACACUUUCCCCAACCAAAACCCAACCAUCACAGUUAAUAACAUCUACACCUUCCCCAACCCAAAACCCAACCAUUACAGUUAAUAACAUCUACACUUUCCCCAACCAAAACCCAACCAUCACAGUUAAUAACAUCUACACCUUCCCCAACCCAAAACCCAACCAUCACAGUUAAUAACAUCUACACUUUCCCCAACCAAAACCCAACCAUCACAGUUAAUAACAUCUACACCUUCCCCAACCCAAAACCCAACCAUCACAGUUAAUAACAUUUACACCUUCCCCAACCCAAAACCCAACCAUCACAGUUAAUAACAUCUACACUUUCCCCAACCCAAAACCCAACCAUCACAUUUGAUAACAUCUACACUUUCCCCAACCCUAAACCCAACCAUCACAGUUAAUAACAUCUACACUUUCCCCAACCAAAACCCAACCAUCACAGUUAUUUACAUCUACACAUCUACACUUUCCCCAACCCAAAACCCAACCAUCACAGUUAUUUACAUCUACACAUCUACACUUUCCCCAACCCAAAACCGAACCAUCACAGUUAUUUACAUCUACACUUUCCCCAACCCAAACCCAACCAUCACAGUUAAUAACAUCUACAUUUUCCCCAACCCAAACCCAACCAUCAGUUAUUUACAUCUACACUUUGCGAGUAUUUCCAUUAUCUUGCAUGGUUCAAUGGUAUCUCAAUAACUGCAAGUUAUGCCACUCUUACUUACUACAAGUUACGCCCCUUCAUGUUACAUCCCUGUCCUGCAGUCUGCAGACAGAUACACUUGGCUGUGUGUGCACAUUGACAUGUGAAAGCCCCUUCUGUAAUGCACUGUGUUUGACACAAUGUUCUGACUGUAGUGUUGGCAGAGUUGCAGUGUGUGUGUCGCUCUGUAUCAGUGGUCCAGAGACUCUGGACACAGUAAACCUGCACUGGGAAACACCGAGUUUCUCAUAAAAUGUGGGAAAAGAGAAGUGGAUGUGAACUGUAACACCAGUUUGUAGAUCAUUCAAGAGCGAAUGUGUGUGAGUGUCUCUGUGAGUGUGUGUGCAUGUGCUUGCUACACGUUUAAUGUCUGUGUUUUGUGUGUUCAUGUCUUGUGUUUUAUGACAACGACACCCAAAGGGCCAAAGAUCUCAGUCGUCCAGUGAGGUCAGCACUGCCUGUUCAGGAAACCGAGAUCAGAUCUGAACACCACCGCUGUUGGUGCCAUUUGUCUUUUUCACUGUCUAAACAUAUUUACAAAAAAAUAUACUUUACUAUAACACAAACACACACACACACACGCUGGUUUUGUAUGUUCUUUUUUGUAAUUUUUGUACAAUACGAAUCGUCCUUUGUACUUCUGCCUUUGGUUUGGUUUGUGAGCGUGUAUGUGUAUUUAUUGAUUUGUAAAUACUUUUUGUAGCAUUGUACAUUUAGUUUCCUCUCCCAUGUAAUUACAAAUGAAUAUGUAAAUAUGAAUAUAUCUAUGCGAAGUUUAUACCGCAGCAAAUAAGGGAUUGUGUUUCUUUUCAGCUGUUUUCUGUUUGUCGUCUUUUUUCAUGGUUUCAAUUUGAUAUUGUUAUUAUUUUCUCUUUAUGAUGCACUGUUUGUAAUAUUGACAAAAAACAGCUAAUAAACACAUGCAGUGCGUUUCA